UUCCGAUCUCCUUUUUGCAUCGAGCGUUCGAGUACUUUGCUCCUUCUCAAACCCUAAUCGUUAAAUCAAUGGAGAGAGGCGGCGAUCGUGGCGGAUUCGGGCGUGGAUUUGGCCGUGGGGAUCGCGGUGGCCGCGGUCGUGGUGAUCGCGGUGGCCGUGGUCGUGGUGGCCGACGCGGUGGUGGCCGCCGUGAGGAUGAGCAGAAAUGGGUUCCCGUCACCAAGCUAGGCCGACUUGUCAAGGAAGGGAAGAUCGUCAGUCUCGAGCAGAUCUACCUUCACUCUCUUGCUGUCAAGGAACAUCAGAUUGUGGAGACCAUUCUCGGUCCGCAACUCAAGGACGAGGUCAUGAAAAUUAUGCCAGUCCAGAAGCAGACCCGAGCCGGGCAACGCACGCGCUUCAAGGCCUUCGUCGUCGUUGGAGAUGGUAACGGCCAUGUUGGUCUCGGUGUCAAGUGCUCUAAAGAAGUGGCCACCGCAAUCCGAGGUGCAAUCAUCCUUGCGAAGCUUUCAGUGGUGCCAGUGAGGAGGGGAUACUGGGGAAACAAGAUCGGGAAGCCACAUACUGUACCGUGCAAGGUCACGGGAAAGUGCGGGUCGGUAACCGUGCGGAUGGUGCCGGCGCCGCGAGGGGCCGGUAUUGUGGCUGCUAGAGUUCCGAAGAAGGUGCUUCAGUUUGCCGGGAUUGAAGAUGUCUUCACCUCCUCCCGAGGAUCCACCAAGACUCUCGGCAACUUUGUUAAGGCAACUUUCGAUUGUCUGAUGAAGACCUAUGCGUUUUUGACUCCAGACUUGUGGAUUGAGUCUCGCUUCGCUAAAUCACCAUUCCAGGAAUAUACUGACCUACUUGCGAAGCCAACCAAGGCCAUCCUUGAUGAUGUUGUUGAGAGGGUUGAUGCCUAAUUUUCUGUGGUAUUUUUCUUUCUAGUGUUUGCCAAAUGCCUUUCCCACCUUUUAAAAGACCUUAUUAGCUGCAUCUUGUUCAUGUUUUUUAUUUAUUAUGGUCUUGCUUGUUACUCACUACACAUUGUUCCCUGUCAUAACUUUUGAAUUGUGCUAUUUCUAAGAGAAUAUUAGCCUCUCUUUUGUUUUCGUUUUCUAAGAUUUUGCUGGAUGGUGAUUAGUUAAA